AGAAAGCAGACCGGCAGAAACCUGAGAGAAGUGAGAGUUACAACAGCAGGAGCAGCAGGUUGGAAAGAUGAUAGGCAUCUUGGUGCUGUUCACCUCCUUCCUUUCCUUCCUGUUCAUGGCAAUCCCCUACAUCAGGAAGUACUUUGCUGGUGGAGUUUGUACAUCAACUGUGCAGCUUCCUGGAAAGGUAGUUGUGGUCACUGGAGCCAAUACAGGCAUUGGGAAGGAGACGGCCAAAGAGCUUGCUCGUAGAGGAGCCAGAGUAUACAUUGCCUGCCGGGAUGUACUAAAGGGAGAAUCGGCAGCCAGUGAGAUCCGGGCUGCAACAAAGAACCAGCAGGUGUUUGUCCGAAAGCUGGAUUUGUCUGACACCAAGUCAAUCCGAGCCUUUGCCGAGGGCUUCCUUGCAGAGGAAAAGAAGCUCCACAUAUUAAUUAAUAAUGCAGGAGUGAUGAUGUGUAACUACUCUAAGACAGCAGAUGGCUUUGAGACCCAGUUUGGAGUCAAUCAUUUGGGCCACUUCCUUCUGACUCACCUGCUCUUGGAGAGGCUGAAAGAAUCAGCUCCAUCCCGUGUGGUGAACCUAUCUUCUGUGGUUCACCAUUUUGGCAGUAUUUACUUCCGUGACUUGCAAGGGGAAAAGUACUAUAAUAGAGCCUUUGCUUACUGCCACAGCAAGCUGGCCAAUGUGCUUUUUACCCGUGAAUUGGCUUAUCGGCUGAAAGGGACUGGCGUCACCGCAUACGCAGUCCACCCUGGGAUCGUCCAAUCUGAAUUGGUGCGUCACUCAGUUCUCUUGUGUCUACUGUGGCGGCUAAUGACCCCUUUCGUGAAGUCAACCCAGCAAGGAGCUCAGACCAGCCUCCACUGUGCUUUGGCCGAGGGUAUCGAGUCUCAAAGUGGCAGAUAUUUCAGUGAUUGCAGGAAAGCGAAGGUGUUACCAAAGGCUCGAAACAACAAAACAGCAAAGCGCCUAUGGGAUGUCAGCUGUGAACUCCUGGGCAUCUAGUGGGAAUACACGGUGGCAGAAGAGAAACUGGCUUCAUACUCUUAGUGUGGACUAAUUGAGUUCAAACAUCCGAGAACAAUUCCCCAAAGGAGAAGGCACAUUGACAUGGGAAAGAUCAGCUGCUGCCUGUGGACACAUUCCUCUUUUAUUCCAUCUCUAUCACCUAUCAGAGAACCUUUGUCCUCUCUGUCCUCUUGCCUGCUUGGCUCAUUUGGAUAGGCAUUCACAUUUACAUAAUCUUCUUACAAAAGGGUAUGGUGAGUAGCACAUAUGCAUUAUUGGGUUAGGCCUAAUGAAUAGACCUCAACUCACAAAUGGCAGCCAUUGAAGUGCUUCUGGGAAAGCUAACAUUGGUUAGCUUGCUAUUGUUAUUUGUUAGCUCCCUCAUCAUACCUGGUUCCAGGUAGUUUGUGUUCCAUUUUAGAAGCACUCUUUACU